AUGUCCAAGCCUUGCUCUUCCAAAAGGACUCCUUCUGGUUCAUUGGCCGUGGAAGUCGACAGUGAAUUUAACUACUUAGUUACAGUGGAGGUUGUGAAGAAAGAUCUGAGGAACAUCCCAGAAGAUGACAAUAAACUAGAACGCAGAGCUCAUGAAAAAUUGGAAACCGGAGACUAUCAAUCGGAAAGAUCAUACGCCCAAUCCAUAAAUAAUUCGGUAAUUUUCAACCAACUACAAACGAUUUCGACUUCCAAAACUUUUGCUACUUCAGUUCUAGCGUUAGGAUCCAUGGAUCAGUAA